UUUCAAAAUGCCUCGCGAUGUGGCUUCUUAUCUAGCAGAGCAGCAGAGAAAAAGUUCUGGAGAAACUGCUUCAGAAUGGGCAAACAUCGAAGAAUUGUACAAUAAAAGAUUAUGGCAUCAGAUUACUUUGAAGUUACUGACUUUUGUCAAGGAUCCAAUUUUCUCAAAGGGCGAUGGACUUUUGCAGCUUUAUGAAAAUUUUAUUGCUGACUUUGAACACAGAAUCAAUGCCUUGGCUCUUGUUGAGAUUAUCAUAGUGGUGGUCAGACAGAUAACAGAUCCCAAGCAGGCUGUGGAAUUUUUAGAAAAGAUCCAAGAAAAGGUGAAGGCGAAUGAUGAGGCCAAAAUACUAUGCCUGACGACUAUUGCCAAUAUCAGACUACGACAGAAAGAGCUGGAAAGCACCAAGGCAUUGGCUGAAGAGGCCAGGACAAUUCUGGAUGGUCUUGAUGGGGUCACCUCAGUACAUGGAAGGUUUUAUGAGCUGUCCAGUAACUACCACAAGAUGAUGGGCAACCAUGCCGAGUACUACAAAGAUGCCCUGAGAUAUCUGGGCUGUACAAAGCUAGAAGAUAUCCCUGCUGAAGAACAAGAGGAAAGAGCAUUCAGUUUAGGACUUGCAGCUUUGUUAGGAAAUGGAGUGUACAAUUUUGGAGAAUUGUUAAGCCACCCUAUCUUGGAAUGUCUCAAAUCAACCAACAAAGCCUGGUUGGUGGAUGUGCUGUAUGCUUUCAACUCUGGCAAUAUAGCCAAGUUUGAGGAGCUGAGAAAGCAGUGGUCUUCACAGCCUGAUCUUGCAGCCAAUGAGUCUAGCAUGAAGGAGAAGAUUUCUCUGCUUUGUCUGAUGGAGAUGACCUUUAAAAGACCUGCAACAAACAGACAGCUAACAUUUAAAGAAAUAGCCAGUGAGGCCAAAAUACCAUUGAAAGAGGUGGAGAUGCUGGUGAUGAGGGCUCUUAGCCUUGGCUUGCUGAAAGGUUCCAUAGAUGAAGUGGAUCAGAAAGUGCAUAUGACGUGGGUUCAGCCAAGGGUGCUGGAUCUUGAACAGAUCGGGAUAAUGCAGAAACGCUUGAUGCAGUGGUGUGAGGACGUGAAGCAGAUGGAACGUCUGGUGGAAGUCAAGGCUCAUGAUAUCUUGACAUAAAACCCAACUGCUUUGAUCUGAUCUUGACAGGAUAUUGUAUGAGAAAAGAUAAGACCAGGAUGUGCUAUUUGUUCUUCACGUAGUAUUUUCAAAAAUAAUACUGGACCAUGUUCUGGAAGCUGUUUUCAUGUUUCACACAUCAAAGCUGGAUUUUUUUUUUUUUUUUGAAAAGACUUGAGUUUUAUUAACAAGACUGUCAUAUGAAGGGAAGUGCUGACUAUUACUGAUGAAAUCAGAGAGGGAGACUCACCUGGUUGCCAGGCUUUCCUUUAAUUAACAGAUACAUGGAAUGCAGCCAGUUUUGAGGAAAAUGUUUAUCUUGUCUUAAUAAACAUCAAAAGUACAUGUAGCUUUCUCAUCCUGUUCAUGAUGCGUGUAUUGUUGACUACCAUUCGGCAACAAAUGGUUUUCUUUUGCAGUUAUACUAUAGUUUAUAAAUUUUGUGACCACAUAAAUGUAAAGUGAAUAUUUGUCAUGCUAUUUUGGCAUUUUCCUGUGUUUGUUGUUUUGUUUUAUUGGUUUUUUAUGGGUCUAUUGGUGAGAAUCGCCAGAGGCCCAUUAUAGGGGCAUGAUAAAAUGUUAAGAAAUUUCCGGAAAUAGUUUAACCCAAGUACGACGUGUCCGUGCGCUUAACGAAAUAGACCGUGUCUUAUGAUCAAAUAUUAGCUUUCUUUCCUGAAGUUUUCUUCAUUGUUUUGUUUGGGUCUAUAUGUUAUGAUUUUGCAUUGAAUGAAUGAAAUUGUAAUUAUGUUUGGAUUCGUGCUUUCAUUUAUUAUUCAUUUAGUGUCAUGUCGCGAAAGC